AGGGCAGAGAGGGUCAAGUGCUUGCCGAACAGCAAGCUCAGCAAGGCGCCGUGCGCGGGGUACCGCCUGCAAUGGAACAGGUGGAUUAUGCUGAUCCGUCGCGGCGAUAGAGGCUGCAUGGUCGUACAUCAACUUCCCUUUGCGACUUCCGAUGUUUGUGACGGCGGCGUUCCAGCAAGAGUGCGACAUUUUCGUCCCGAGGUACUUGCGGCAGGGCGCACUGGUCUUUACCGACGGGGCCGGGCCGUACGAGGCGCCUCGCGGCAGGCGACGUCAAGUGUUCCCCCGCGCGCUCCCGCAAGGAUGCUUGGGCCGCGCGAAGGCGAUUGGGAAGGACGCGUGCAGCGGCUGGCGCCUGCGCGCGGGUCGAACCAGCUUCAGCAGGAUCUUUUGGCGGAAGAAGCUUUCGCGCGGGGUGAUGACGCACUCGAAGGAUGAGUGGUGCGUGGUGAACUCGAUCCGCUUGCACUCGGCCAGUGGCACGAGCCGCGUGGUGAAGCUGAAACACGGCACUGGGUGCGUGGACGGGUGCUGGUCUGAGAUGAAGCAGGCCAUCCCCCAGUCCUUGAAGAGCGUCGAGCACGAUAAGAUGGCUCUCUACGUGAAGUCGUGGGCUUGGCGCACGCGGCGCCAAGGCGAUAAUUGUUUGCGGACAUCCCCCCGCAACGUGAAGUAGAUAAAAGUAGUCGCUAAACUGUCUUCAGCCGUCGAUCGAGCACGCGC